CUCAGGUUUCGUGGUCGCUGGGAAAGCUUCGUUCCUUUCUGAACACGCCGACCGAGUGCUGCCAGGCAUCGGUGUUUGCUGUAAGGACGUUGGGGAAGGACUGGAAAGAUUCGCGUAAUAGAAAGAGAUAUUCAGCUUACUCGAAGGGAUAGUUAGUGGGAACGAGGACGACUUCCUAAUGCUAUCGCCGUAAACCGCAUUCACUCGCCACGACUCUCUUUUACCAAGGCCGAUCACACACUAAUAAUGCCUCCACGAGCUUCUCGGUCCUCGUCGCUCCCGCCAGAACCCUCGCCGACACCGACAUGGCCGCCCCCGCGAACUCCGUUACCCCCGCACCGACUCGCGAAACUCGCCAACGCUCUCGGCGUAUCCAUUCCUUUACCGGCCGGCUCGUCGCCCAACCAGUCUGCCUUUAAUCUCUCUGCCAGCCCGAACACAUCUACUUCCUCUCUUUUCCCGGACAACCAUCGACGCUCGCCCACGCCCUCUGCUGCGUCCACCUACUCGACCUAUGGUGCCCAACCUACUUCCAAGUUCUUACUGCACGUCAUACCCCCGAUUCAUCUUCCUCACGACUCGGAGCAGGGCGACUACUCGGACCUUGCCCCUCCGCCUUCUCAUGCUUCCGGCUAUCACACUCAGUUUAGAAGGGGGACGCUUGUCCCGCUGUACCCGACACUACAGAGUCAACUCGGCGCGAUUGCGAAGGAGUACGCUCUGCCAAGUACGGUGGGCAUGAUCCUGUACCUCGUCUCCACCACACCGCGGAGGCAAGGCGCACUUAGUCCUCAGCAAAGUAUCGAUAUGGGUCAUGGAGGUAUGGAGGGCGAGGAGCCGGGCCCGAGGCUGUCCGAGGAAAUAUGGAAACUACUCUGGUCAAGGGUCGCGAGGACAGAACGAGAGGAAGCGGGACUUGGGCAGGGUUUCGGUCUGGGAUUAGGGCUCGGGAGCAACCCAUCCCAGGACGGUGGUUUACGGACACUGAUGACUCCUCUACGGGUGGAGACGCCCCAGCCCCUCACUGGAUAUCCCGCUACGCCGUCUCCGUCGACUCCCUCUUCUACAUCUGAUCUACGUGCCAAGUCGAGCAUUCGCAGCGCGUCACAGUCCGAGCACGAACCCGAGACGCCUGACUCCUCCGUCUCGCCGAGUGCAGAGGGCCCGCUCGACCCCCGCGCGGAGUCUCUUGAUCUCCCGGGACUGCAUUCCCCAUCAUUAAUCCCAAUCCUGGCGAAGGUCGAGUUCGACAUCGACCGGCGGAAGGCCCAGUGGUACGAACCGUGGAUACGGAGCCGGCGGAACAACCUCGCGCGGCGGGCCGACAGCCGCGCGAGCAGGAAGCGGGCGGACUCGAAGGACACGGACGCGUCGGAGGCGCGGACGCCGCUCGAGCUCGAGCUGGUGCGCGGGCUGCAGACCGCGAGCCCGGCGCCGAGCUUUGCCUUGGGGAAACAAGGUCGCAGGGCGGUUGAUGUGGAGGAGGAUGAUGGGCAGGUGAGCGAUAGCGACCAUGAACUUGAAUUUGAAUCACCGCGUGGGGGAUAUCUUCCACUUUCCGAUUCUGAGCCCCAGGAUGGCCAUGUUUCUUCGUUUUCACCUUCUCACUCCGACCUCGAUUCUGAGGAAGAAGAGGAAGAGCCCACUGCUCCCCUGGCACGUUCAGUUUCUACCAUUCACGAAGCCCAGGACCCGCUUGAGGAUGUGUUUGGGUCUGACGCUGAUACAUGGGCUGACAUUCACGCCGACCUGCAGGCUGGGACCCAAAGGCGCAGACCGAAGAUCCCGAACGACCCUGAUCUCGCCCUGGAUGGUGCUACCUUAGCGGAACAGGAAGAGAGCGAGUACGAUGAUGAUCAAGAUGAUACCGUGCAGGUUCAGGAGUUGUGGGAGGAGAACGGUCGACCCCGGCUUUCAGUUAACAUCCCCGACUCACCACCGCAGCCGGGCAGCAAGCGCACGUCAUCUCCGAAGACGGCCGCGACCAUCAAGAAACACGUUCCCCCACCACUUGAUAUCCCACCAGUCCCUGGCGAUUUGGCGCUUCCGGACAACAGUCCGCUGCUCCCUCUUAGUGGCGACUCUAGUAAGUUAGCGUAUCUCACGGGAGAACAGACGCCAUCGGAGAGCGAAGGCAGUUCGCGGGAUCAGUCCGCGGAACGACAGGAGCGAGAGGCCCGGGUGCGGAGUCCUACGGACGAACGCAGGGAAGGCGUCGUGUUUGAGGACCUCGACCUGGGUCUGGACGUGAGCGUUCUCGGGCCAGACGACGAGUAUGAUGAGAAUGAUCCUUAUGACCGAAGGAAGAGCCAGUACUUAAUGCGGGCGAAGCUGGACGAGAUCGAGAAGGCUUUGGCAUCACUGUCGCCGCGGCGGAUGGAAUAUGAGCUGCCUGAGGAGGGGCCCGUCCCCCCUCAGCGGUCGUCAUCCCUUGGGGCUGGGAGUCUCGCCCCUCCGGCAGCGAACGGACUAAGACCGCGCCAGACCGAUAAACCACUACCGCCGUCAGGAGGACGUGUAGGUCCCGGAGAAGCGGUCUGGCCAGCGGUCCCGUACUCGGUUCUAGCGACAGAGACGCCUGAAGAGACUCCGACUGAACCAGCACUGCCCCGCUUGACUGUUAACGGGGUCUCGAGAGAUGCGCCAAAGAUUUUCCAUCGACAACAUUCCUCUGCCAGCUCCAGCACGUCCGAAAGCGAAAAGCGGAAACGUGAGCUAGAGGAGGAACAGGGCCAGUAUCCCGGGCUCACACCCCACCUGAAGCACAGCGUGAAUUCACCCGUGAUUCCCUUGUCGCCUGAUCCUUUUGGCAGAUUCCCCUCCGCACCUGCACCCACAGUACAGACAAGAGAUUCUCAAGCGUUCUCAGAUGGUCGGGAGAGUAGUGAAUAUAGUCAAUCACGGGCACCAUCUAGCAGGUUCUCUAGCGAUUCUAUAAUCCAAGAGGAAGAAGAUGGCAAGAGCCUCAAGGUAAAUGGCGGCACGACGUUGGUGAGCGUGAAAAGCAUCAAGAAGUUCUGGAGAAAGAGCAAUAAGAAUUCGGUCUCCGGCUCCUCGUCAUCUGCUCCGAAUGGUGGCAGGCUUUCUCCUCAGACACCACCAAUACCUGGUGGUCGCCAAGACAUGAUGCCUCCCCCGAGGGUGCCGAAUGGCCUCCAGUCGGCGCCGCCCUCUGGGUAUCCUCAGCAGAGACAGCCCGCCAGAAGGUCUGAAUUGGAUGCGGUGCACUUCAAUCAAGAGUCGCCGUACCCUAUGCCGGUACGACGUGCGUCCCCGUACCCAGCCCGUCCUACACCCUCGCCCCAGUCUUACUCCCCUCAACCGCCUUCGACCCCUUUGCCAUCUUCUGGCCCGAGCACCCCUGGUGUUGAGCCACCGCAAGCACCUUCUAAUACACCAGGGGAACGGGGGAGUGUCAGGAAGUCGAUUCUCAAGUCCUGGAAGUCAUCGUCGAUGCUGUCCAGCAAAUCUGACACGAUUCCGGAGAAUUCACGACCUCCGUCAACUGAACUAGCGGAGGGUGCGCGGAAGCGUCGGCCAAGUAUCCUGGGACUCGGCUCUGCUUCUAAGACUAAGGGGUCUAUCUCUUCAUUCAAUGAGAUCCCCCCUAGUCCUAACUUGCCCGAGCAGUAUGCCACUGCGAAUGCUACGACUCGUGCUGUUCGGCAAUCUCAGUCAUUCAAUAACGGGGCUUCGAGGGCCCAGUUGACGCCUACUCCGACGUCUUCGUUGCAAGCGUCACCACCACGACGGUCACCUUUGGGAUCAAAUGGUCCAUCCCCACCCGGCUCGCAGCGACCAUCCUACGAGGAUGAUGAUGCUCACAGCUUCGAUACCUCAGAGUUCGAAAUGGUAUCUCCGAAGAUGGACCCACAUAAGUCGUUGAGCUACCCUUACCAUGGGCUGGAUCAGCGGGACUGA